AUGGCUUCAGAGAGCAACUUUGUGCAAGAAACAAUUCCCCAUUUCGAUGGUCACUAUGACCAUUGGAGUAUGCUGAUGAAAAACUUUUUACGGUCAAAGGAGUAUUGGCCAAUUGUCGAAGAUAGAAUCGGCACUCCAGCGGAAGAAACUUCCAAGGAUAUAUGGGACUCCAUGAAGAAGAAGUAUCAAUGCACUACAAGAGUGAAGCGAGCACAACUUCAAGCCUUGAGGAGGGACUUUGAAACUUUGCAGAUGAAGGAGGGUGAAACUAUAUUGCUUUCCCUAUCAUCAAAAUAUGGUUAUUUUGUAUGCUCGAUUGAGGAGUCAAAAGACAUAGAUGUUUUGUCACUUGACGAAUUGCGAAAUUCCUUGUUGGUGGAUGAGCUAAAGAUGAACAUAAGUUCAACUUUUGAGGAGCAUGCCUGGAACGCUUCUACUUUUAUUCCUUCCAAUUCUAGAGGAAGGGGUAGAGGUAGAGGAAGAGGGAGAAGAGACCGAGAAAAUAGAGAUGGUGGCAACAAAGAAGGCAGUAGGAAUUUUAGAGCUAAUGAUGACUAUGGCAGAGGUAGAGGAAGAGAUUUUGAUAAAUCUAAGGUGGAAUGUUAUCGCUGCCAUAAGUUUGGUCAUUAUCGUUCUGAAUGUCGUACUAGGCUGCCUAGUGAGAAAGAAGAAAAGUCAAAUUUUGCUGAGAACAAGGAGGGGGAAACCUUGUUAAUGGCAGUCCAUGUCGAAAACGAGUCAUAG